UACUUUUAAAAAAUCAGAUACAUUUAUGACGUGCUUAACAACAGCGAUAAGAAUUCACUUUUCGGAACCCAUAAUCUAAAUGUAGUUUCAACUACAACAACUGAAGGUCAACAACAAUAAGAAGAGUGAGAGAGAGAGAGAGAGAGAGAUACACAGAAUACAGAACACACAGACAGGAAUUUUAAACAAUUGUAUGCAAGUAUGUGCAUGCAUGUGUUAGUGUGUGCCAGUGACAUUUAAUUAAAUAAUUACAUACAUAUGCAAAAUUGUAAACGCGGCAUGACACAACAAAUUCUGUGAAGCGCUUAAGCAUUAAAAAACUAUAAUAACUCAGCAAGCUCAAAACGUGCCACCCACACACACACACGCAUAACAUGGAUAUCAACAUGAAGGCGCUGCUGGCCAUGCUGCUGGUAUUUGUGGGCUGCUGCAGUAACGUUGUCUUCCUGGAGCUGAUCAUCAAAAUAGAUCCUGGCGCAGGCAAUCUGAUAACCUUCUCGCAGUUUCUAUUCAUUGCCGUCGAGGGAUUGAUAUUCACCUCCAAGUUCUUUACCGUAAAGCCAAAGAUAGCGCUGAAGGAUUAUGUGAAGCUGGUGCUGCUCUUCUUCGGCGCCAAUGUGUGCAACAACUACGCCUUCAACUUUAACAUACCCAUGCCACUCCACAUGAUCUUUCGCAGCGGCUCGCUCAUGGCCAACAUGAUCAUGGGCAUUAUCUUGCUAAAGAAGCGCUACAAUCUGCGACAAUAUAGCUCAGUGGCCAUGAUCACUGUGGGUAUUAUACUCUGCACUUUGGUGUCCAGCGGCGAUGUCAAGGACAAUACACACCACUCGCUCAAGGCGGACAGCUCGUACUCCGUGUUCUUCUGGUGGUCCGUUGGCAUUGCUUUGCUGACUGUGGCGCUGCUGGUUACAGCUUAUAUGGGCAUCUACCAGGAGGUGAUCUACAAGCGCUAUGGCAAGCAUCCCGAUGAGGCUUUGUUCUUUACGCACAUGUUGCCGCUACCCGGAUUUCUCAUCAUGGCCAGCAACAUUGCUCAGCAUUGGCAAAUAGCUGUAGCCUCGGAAGCCGUUAGCUACACCUUGCCCGUGGUCAAUUGGAGUGUCGGCAUGCCGCUCAUGCUGUUCUAUCUGGUCUGCAAUAUGGUCACCCAAUAUGUCUGCAUUAGCUCCGUCUAUGUGCUGACCACGGAGUGUGCCAGCUUGACUGUCACUUUGGUCGUCACGCUGCGUAAGUUUGUCUCGCUGCUGUUCUCCAUUAUGUACUUCCGGAAUCCAUUCACACUAAGCCAUUGGCUGGGCACUAUUCUGGUCUUCAUGGGUACUGUGCUCUUUGCCAAUGUCAUCAAUCAGUUGAAGGAUGCCUAUGUGGCUCGCAAGCAGCGCCAACUGGAGUCGGCCCGCAAGCUGAAGCAGCGUUAACUGUGAGGCCGUCUCGCUCUGCUUUGUGUUAAUUGUAGAUAACUGUAACUUAAGCUAUAUAGUUUAUAUAUAUGACAAGCAAAAAUGUAAAUACGACUAGUUAAAUGUUUUUGUAGAUUUUUUUUUAUUUUUCCAAAUGACGA